AUGCUCAAUGAUAAAUUUUUGGCUUCUGGCAAGAUAGCGCUGCUCACAAAGAGCAUUCUCUCAGUGCCGAUGUCCGUUUUAAGAAAUUGGUUUCCGGUAUCGUUGGCUUUCGACUUUGAAGUGGUCCUAGCAGAAGAGUCAAGAGCUUUAAACCAGACCUGCGAGAGUUUGAAGGGGAAGCAGCUGCAGACACACUUGAAGCGCAAUCGGGCUACCGUGGAACUUGCGCUGAUGAUCAGCUCAGCUGUUGUCCGGGCAGGCGAUAAGGAGGUACCAAUUACUAAAAAUAUUACUGGCAAGAAUAAAUACGAGCUGCCUCAGAAUUUACAAAUCCGCUUUUCACGAUGCAGGUAG